UUUUAAACCGCAUUCAAUUCACUUAAAGCGUAGUUUAUUGUGUAAUUUAAGUGUUUUAGUGUAUAAAUUAAACAACAUGGUUGUUGUAUCUCCUUCUUUUUCGGUACCGGCCGAAGGUAUUUUGAUGCAAUUGCCUUCGGUUAAUUUAAUAGUAAAUAACGAUGUGGACUUAGGUACAGCAACGCUGUAUAUAACUGAACACAAUGUAGUAUGGGGCGGAGGAGUGGGCAGACAAGGAGGUCCGUCUCCAACAGUGACCCUUAUGUACCCAAAUAUCUCUCUACACGCUAUACAGAGGGAUCCUGGACCAGGACUCAUUCUCGUUAUCAACCAUGAACUUAGUUUACCAGAAAUGACGCAGCAGGGCGCUGGCGACGCCCCGGUAGAUGAUGACGAUGAAUACGACGCUGAUGAGGAGCCCAUGACUAAACUAAGGUUUGUCCCACAAAACGACAAUGACUUGGAGGCGAUGUUCAUGGCUAUGAACCAGGGUCAGUCGUUACACCCUGACCCGGCAGACGAGAUCGAUGAAGAUGAAGAGGAUCCUUACAUGGAUGGAGAGGAAUUCGAUGAAGGAGAGGAUGAAUUUGAAGAUGCAGAGGAAAGCAAUAUGUCUGCCGAGGACGCGGCCGCGAGGCUCCGGCAGAUGAGGUUGGAGAACGUCAACGGUACACAUGAACGCGUCAAUGAUGAAGCGGAGGACGCGGAUAUAGCGGAGUGAUGAGUAAAACGUAUUUGUUUAAUUAUUAUUAUUACUGGCUUCUUCCAUGUCUACGCUACGGCACACAUACUUUAACAAUAAUAAAAACCUCUUAUCUGUAAUAUAAAACUUAUUAAUUUUCGUUCAGCCUAUAAGUGCCC